AUGAAUCAAAAUAUAUUUUUAAGUUAACCAUUAGAAGUAUAGCCAACUAGAUGCGAAAGAUGUAUCUAAAGGAUUCAAGCUAAGAUAGAAAACCUUGGCUACCAAAAUCAAUACCAAGCUAUCAAAAGUGAAGGGUUCGAAGAUGACAAAAAAAUACUUAAAGCUCUCAAAAAGAAUAAGGGAGAUCUCAAUCUUGCUCUUCAAUUUAUCAAAGAAGCUCCUCAAAAGAAAAUUAAAAAGUAAAAAGAUUCUCAAAAUCAAUCAGAUUUAAUGGAAACUGAAUCUAAAAAAUGCAACAAAAAGUGCAAGGCUGAUAAAAAGGAGAAACCUAAUGUUGAUAAAGAGCAAAAAAAAAAUGAAAGAGCUUUAGAGCGUAAGUAACAAAAACUCUAAAAAAUGAUCGAAGAAUUCCCUCAAUUCAAAGAUUUCAAUCAAAAGAUGAUUCAAGAAGGAUUUGAAGAUGUCAAGAAAAACUUCAGAGCUCUCAAGAAAAAUGAAGGAGAUGAACAAAAAGCAUUUUCUCACUUAAAGCAUAAGUUAAUCCUCCAAAAUCUUCAACUUUGCAAGACAUUCUCAAAGGGAGAAAUCCAAAAGCUCUAUCUUGACUGCAACAAUUGCUUUUUCUUAGAAUCAAACUUCCUUAAAUUAGCCAAGAAUGGCAAUUACAAAGAAAUUGAGUAGAAAAUUGCAACUCUUUUGAAUUUGUUUUAAAGUUGCUAUGGAAGCCAAAUUGAAAUCGUCUUGGUUUUUGAUAACUCAAAGUUAGUUAAAGACGAAAAAGCUUGUGCUGGAUUUGCCUCUUAAGAUUUCAAAUUGAUAAGUGCAAGACCUCAAUUCUACAUAGCUGAUGAUGCUAUUGUUCAUUUUGCUUCUUAAGAAAGUUUGGAGAACUAAAAUGGUAUCCUCUAUGUUACCAGUGACCGUUUACUCUAAGCUCGUUUAGUAGAACAAAAUGCUAAGAAGAUCAUGACUUCUAAGUGUUUCUUCAACAUUAUGAAGGAGGAUUUCAUUGGAAGCAAAUCUUAUUUCGCAGUGAUUGAAAAUUGA